AUGGCGGGAGCUACAGGAAGAACCCUCUUCACCUUCUCCCUCUCUUCCUCUUCUUCUUAUUCUUCAUUCACGCGCUUCCUCGCCAAGCGCGUCCCACUACGCAAACCCCUCCCACUUCUCCCCCGCCUCCGCCCACUCUGCUCCGUCGCUGCUGCGCCGGAAACCGCCGACGCGAAGCAUUCUUUACUCCUGGAGAGGCUCCGGGCGCGACACCUCAGGGAUGCCGCGAGACGCCCCGAACCGAGGAAGAAGGCCAGGGGCGCCGCCUUUGCUGAGGCUGAGAAAGAGAGGGCGAAGAAGGAGAAGAAGGUGGUUGCCAGUUUCGAGGAGUUGGGAAUGAGUGAGGAAGUUAUGGGGGCGGUUAGGGAAAUGAGCAUCGAAGUACCCACUGAGAUACAGGGAAUUGGCAUCCCCGCCGUUUUGGAAGAGAAGAGUGUCGUUUUGGGGUCGCAUACUGGCUCUGGCAAAACUCUCGCCUACUUGCUUCCUCUUGUUCAGUUACUAAGACGGGAUGAACAAUUGAAUGGAAUAAUGUUGAAGCCCAGGCGUCCACGAGCUGUUGUGCUGUGUCCUACAAGGGAGUUAUCUGAGCAGGUUUUUCGAGUAGCAAAAUCGAUAAGCCAUCAUGCACGAUUUAGGUGCACCAUGGUAAGUGGUGGUGGCCGGAUUAGGCCUCAGGAGGAUUCCCUUAACAACCCCAUUGAUAUGGUAGUUGGUACCCCUGGUAGGGUUCUUCAGCAUAUUGAUGAGGGAAACAUGGUGUAUGGUGAGAUCAAAUACUUGGUAUUGGAUGAGGCAGACACAAUGUUUGAUCGGGGUUUUGGUCCUGAUAUACGCAAGUUUCUGGGCCCGCUAAAAAGUCGUGCUUCAAAACCUGAUGGCCUUGGUUUUCAGACUAUCUUGGUAACUGCAACCAUGACAAAGGCUGUGCAAAAGCUGAUUGAUGAGGAGUUUCAAGGCAUUGUUCAUCUGCGCACAUCAACAUUGCAUAAAAAAAUUUCUUCUGCUCGUCAUGAUUUUAUUAGACUUUCAGGUUCUGAGAACAAGCUCGAAGCAUUACUGCAGGUACUAGAACCAACCCUUGCAAAGGGUAACAGGGUGAUGGUUUUCUGCAAUACAUUGGAUUCUAGUCGUGCUGUGGAUCAUUUUCUUGGUGAAAAUCAGAUUUCUACUGUGAACUACCAUGGUGAGGUACCAGCAGAGCAAAGGGUUGAAAAUCUCAGAAAGUUCAAGAGUGAUGGUGAUGAUUGUCCUACGUUGGUUUGCACGGACCUGGCUGCUAGGGGUCUAGACUUGGAUGUAGAUCAUGUUGUCAUGUUUGACUUCCCCUUGAAUUCUAUUGACUACCUUCAUCGCACAGGUAGAACUGCUCGUAUGGGUGCAAAAGGGAAGGUAACAAGUUUAGUUGCUAAGAAGGACUUGGACUUGGCCAGCAAAAUAGAGGAAGCAAUAAGGAAGAAUGAGAGUUUGGAGGCUAUCACAAAAGAAAGUGUUCGAAGGGACACUGCAAGGACCCAAAACACAGAGCAGAAGGGAAAGGGUAGAAAAAUGGUUCAAGUUUCAAAAGUCAAGGGCAAAUUUGGUAGUCGUUCCAGUUCUGGAAAUAAUAGAUCAGGUAUAAAAUCUGGGAAAGCUUCACCAGUCAAAUCUAUGAAAAAAGGGAUUAACGUUUCAAAAUCUGGAAAAUCUUCUAGUGCAAGUAGCACCAUCAGAAAAGGAUCUUCAGAAAGGAGGCAAACAACUAAAGUGGUCAGUGCCACCAAAUCUACGAAUUCUAAACUUAAUGUUGUGGGGUUUCGGGGAAAAAACUCAUCUUCAAAUAACAAUGGUUCGGUUUUGUGAAGUGGAUAGUGCGUCAUAUUUGUAUCUUGGGAGUAAAUGCCUCUCAAUUUUGUGUACUAGAUAAGUAUUUUUCUGUUAGAUAAGUAUUCUGUAGUUAAAUUAUUAUAAUAUUAUAAUAAUUUACUAUUUUUUUCUUUU